UUCAAAACAACUUAAGAAAAUAAGAAGUUAGGUUUAACACGUGCCAUAUGAUUUGUGUAGAAUGAAAAACAGGAGGGAACAAUCACUAGACUGUGCAGACUACCUAUCAAACCACUUAACACUCCACAGUGACUGAACUGACAUCCUCCUCUAUGAAAUAAUAUUCCAGAGUUCAAGACCGGCGAGUCAGAUGCCAAAUGUGAGGAACUUCAUAUGAUUUGAGAAGAGUGAACAAAAGAAUAAUGGGGUCUAUACGUCCUCUGGUGGCUGUCUUGGCUCUGGUGUUGUCUGUGAGUCUAGUGGGUGAAGUGAUGUGCUUCCCUGAUACUGAUGUCACCACAAACUGCUCAUCCACUGGCUACCCAUCUGUCCCUUGCGCUGCCCCUGCUAACACAGUGACUCUGGAUCUCUCCCACAACCACAUGGAGAAGGUACCAGCAGGCUGCUUCCCCAAUCUGCAGAAACUAAAGCGGCUCCUUCUUCAGUCCAAUCGCAUCAGCGCUGUGGACCCAAAUGCCUUUCAGCACAACCCAGUGCUGGAGUAUCUGGACAUCUCACACAACCUCCUACCACAGAUCUCUGCUUUGCCCUUCACAAGUCUUCCUGCUCUCGCAUACCUAGACAUCUCCAAUAACGCCUACAAGGACAUCAUUGUGGACGACUCCUUUGACCCACGGGGGAACCUGCGGAGCGUGAAGCUUGGUAGCUCUCAUGGUAUAACCAUCAGGAGGGACAACAUUAAGAGGGCCCAACAACUUGGACUGAAAGAGAUACACCUGGUUGGUAAAAUCAAUGAGUAUGAACCAGGAUCUCUGUUGGCUCUGAAGCAUAUGGACAUGUUAACAGUGGAUACAGAAUACUCGCAGGAUUUGGCCAAACAUCUUUUAAUGCUCAUUGACAUUUGUAACAACACAAAAGCUUUGACGGUAAUGAAAAUUGAUCUACUGAAAAAUAACAUUGUUUUUCCGGUUCAUGAUCUUCUGCAAACAGCGAGUCUUUCCAGACUUAUAGCCAAAGAUGUAAAGGUCAAUGGAAUACUCUGUCAGUUCCUAUCGUAUUUCAUGAAAUCAAGCCUAGAGGAGGUGGACAUCCAAAACAUCCAUGGAGAAGGUCAAUGCAAUAUGGCCUUUGGAUCGUUUGACCGCUGUCGUGUGAGAACGUUUUCCUUAAAUGGCAUUGACAAUAUGGACUUCCUGCGUUUCCAUCCACAACCAACCAUACCUAAAUUCAUGGCAUGCCUGACCGACAUUUCUGCCAUAAACAUAAGCACAAGGUAUUUCCCCUGUGAGUUAUCAGUCGCCUUGGUCAACCUGAAGACUCUUAAUGUUUCUAUAAAUGAGUUGACUGAGCGCCGUCUACUCGGAGACUGCAAGGAACCAUUCCCUAAACUGCAGUCUCUGGCAAUUGAUCAUAACAUGUUUGAGCACCUUGGGAUCCUCGGCAACAAAACUGCCCACAUGAAGGAUUUGGUGAACUUUACAGCGAGCUACAACAGCAUUCACUUGGAGCCACAGACAGUGUCUAUCAACUGGACCAAAAGCCUUAUUAGACUGAAUCUCAGGGGUAAUCAAAUAACAGGUGAAGCAUUCCUGUUUCUCCCCCAAACUCUGGAGAUGCUGGAUAUCAGCUACAAUAUCAUUCACACCAUCCCCAACCUCCAGAUGAUGAACAACCUCCGAGAGCUCUUCCUCUCUGGCAACAAAAUCAUGACGCUCCACAAUGUACUUCUCCCCUCCUCAGUGCGUCUUCUGCGUGUGGACAGAAACAACAUGAGCAUUGUCAGUGAGGCCACCAUCAGGUCUCUGAAUGUGACACAGCUGGACUUCAGUGGGAACCCGCUGCACUGUGACUGUGACACGCUGCAGUUGGCCCAGUUCUGCAGAGACUCCAGCCAGACCGAGAUCCUGGGUUGGCCCUCAAGGAAGACAGAACUUCAUUGA